AGUUCGAGCCAGCCAUCGCAGAGACCUGAGCUAAGAGAGUGAGUGAGUGACGGAGUCGUCUAAGAGAAGAAGAUGAACACAGACAUCACAGCGUCGACGAAGCCCGAGUACCCUGUCUUAGAUCGGAACCCUCCCUUCACCAGAGUCGUCGGCAAUUUCAGCACCCUCGACUAUUUCCGAUUCGCCACCAUCACCGGCGUCUCCGUCACCGUCGGCUACCUCUCGGGAAUUAAGCCGGGAAUUAGAGGGCCGUCUAUGGUGACCGGAGGUCUGAUUGGAGUGAUGGGCGGGUUCAUGUACGCUUACCAGAACUCGGCGGGUCGCAUCAUGGGCUUUUUCCCCAACGACCGUGAGGUAGCCCAUUACAAGAAAUGAAAAUGUUUUAUGCACAUUUUCUAUUUAGGGUUUGUAAUAAUCGGAUUGUUCCUUUUUGGCUGAAAUUUGAGUUCGUCUAUUCAUACAAUGCUGUGUUUUGAGCUGCUGAAAUGUCAUUGAAGAACUCCAAAUAAGAUGGUGUUAUGCAAUUUAUCUGACAUUUUGUGUUUUAAGCAAAAUUCAGUUCUUAUCUUA